CCUACAUCUCUGCACUCUGCAAUGUUCUUUUUCGUGGCCAGCGUGUGCGACGAUUGCUAAAUGAGUUCGACGGGUUGCCUCGUCUGUGCUACCCGCUGGAAUUGCUCUGCUUUGCCUCGAAUCACCUUCCUCCAUGCGGUUACGCGACCCCAUUGGCCGCCGACACUAAAAAAUGAAUUUGUACGGGAUUUCGAACGUGAGCAAAAGGGCCGAGACGGUUGACCGGCAUCCACGCCUCUCCUGUGUCAUUGAUGCUGCCAAGUUGAAGGACCUCUUCGUCAUCGGCUCGGCGAGAGAAGCACCAGGGACAGACACUAGGCUGGUUAUUUUUGGGGGCUAUCACUCCAUCUCCAGGGCAUCGUCCUACCACGCUAAGGAGAUUCCGGUUGAGGUUGAUGACAGACAUGUGAUCGUGAUGCCAUCGCCGGCACGAGCUUCCAUUUCUGGUCUCGAUUACCGGUGCGGGGGACGGCAAGGGCAGCUCCGGUUCUUCAACCAAGCAACCUACGGCCCGAUUCUCGACGUGAUUGCGGGGCCGGCACUACGCCAACCUUGGCAGGCACGAGUUCAUCUCGUGGGAGUUGAGUUAUUCGAGUCGCGGUUCCCAGAUUGUUUCUCGUCUGGGAGAAGUCGCGUCAUCGGGAACUCUACUCCAAAACCAGAGGCUGUCAGUUACAUCUGGGUCUCACGCUGGAUACCUCCCUCCUAUCCAGGAACUGUGUAUGCUGCUCUGCAACAUCCCAUCAACUCAUUAAUUGCUUGCCUCUGCUCUGCGAGCUUGAUUCAUCGUCUUCCUUACAAUUAAAACCUACACAUUAUACGAAUAGGGACGGAUGUUACCGAGUGCUUCCCAUGUGAUUGCCCUUCAUUUUAUGACAAGAUCCAAUGGAGCUUCUCCAAAUCGUACUCGCUUCUCUCCCCUGUCCUCCCCUCUUCCCCCACACUGCAAAUCAUCGAGCACUGCGGAGGAUCGGUGGCGCUUGUGACACCCACAGCGAAGCACGGGUCGAACCGAUCGGCGGCGACUCAGCGGCGUUUGUCCAAUGGCCUCGCUAGAUGGAGAUCGGAACGGUGUACCUUCAUAGCUGAACUGAUGAACCCCAUAGUCGUAGC